CGAUUCCUCAAACAUAUGAAGGCGCUCGCUCUAAUUCAUGUCUGUUGUUUAUACACCCUCCAAUCGCUUAUGUAUCAGCGCAACGGGAGAUGACGUCAGUAGACUCCACAUGACGAUGUUUGCCGGGUUCGCGUGUGAUUUAUUAGAAAGUUAGCAUAUUGUUUGUCUCACUGACGUUCUUCUCCACACAGCUAAGAUGUUGAGUUCCAAACUAUUGACUCUGGUGCUAGUGGUCCAGCCGGGCAGAGUUCUGCUGGGUAUGAAGAAGAGAGGGUUCGGGGCAGGAAGGUGGAACGGGUUUGGAGGCAAAGUCCAACCCGGAGAAACCAUAGAAGAGGCUGCAAGGAGAGAGCUGCUAGAAGAGAGUGGUCUCACAGUCAACACUCUUGAAAAGAUUGGAAAUCUCAAAUUUGAGAUGGUCGAUGAUAAGGAGCUGCUUGACGUGCACGUUUUCAGAACCGAUUCUUACAACGGAGAACCCACCGAGUCUGAAGAAAUGCGGCCGCAGUGGUUUGGUUGGGACCAAAUCCCUUUUAGCCAGAUGUGGCCCGAUGACAUCCUGUGGUUCCCCAUGAUGCUGCAGAAGAAGAAGUUUGUGGGAUACUUUAAGUUUCAGGAUCACAACGUGAUUCUCAGCUCUACGCUGAAGGAGGUGGAAGAGCUCUGAGAUAAAAACCUGAGUGAGGCCGACAUGAUGAAGACAUCGAGUCAACGUUCUUUGCUAAUAUUUAGUUAAUGGGCGAUCUCCUGCGGAACCUGUAGACAGACUGAUGACUUUUAAGCCAAAUCUGUACCACAUAUUGUUAAUGGACCAAAAACAAAAUUCUUAAAAUGUGUUAUGAACUUGUUUUGUGUUUUUUGUUCUCUGCAGGACCUUGUAGUUUGCAUGCCAACGGCAAACAACAUAGUUUCAUUGCUGUCUUUCACUGAUGUGUGGUGGGAUGGACCAAAGGUCAAGCUGUAUUUGACCCCCCCUCAGUGACCCUGCUGGAUUAUGUAUGAACAACUUGAAACUUUUUUUAUCUCUUGAAUUUUUUUUUUCUUAAUUGGAUACACAAUUUAAAAGUACACAUAAGAAGCAUUUUUUUUUUUUCAGGAUAAAAAAUGACAACAUUCAGCAAGCAAGUAUUUUAAUAAAAUAUUAGUGUACAUAAAAAUGUGUUUUUAGCAAGUUCCUCUUUAUUACAACUCAAAAUGACUCUGUCCUGAUUGAAAUAUAUAUAAAAAUCUGUGAACAAAAUCUUUUUUUUGUUUCUUCCAGUGACCUCAUUCACACUCCCAUUAAACACAUUCCUCUCUU